UGAUGCCGACGGCUCGGGCUUUGUCGACCAGACCGAGUUCCGGGUCCUCGUCCGCCACGCCCUCGAGGCCGGCAUCGCGCUCUCGCACUCGUAUUCGUCGGCGUCGACGUCAGAAACGGGCACGAGCACGGGCACGGGAACCAGCACGAGCACAGGCACGUCGUCAGCGUCACAGACGGCGUCGUCGAAAGCAGACACGUCAUCGGACGCAGCCUCAGCCUCGGCUUCGAGCACGAGCUCGACCGGUAGCUCGGACCACAUCCAUCGCGGCUCUCAGGCCCGGAAGAUCCUGGCCGACCAGGCGCGGCUGGAAAAGGCCUGUGACAAGGCGUUCCGCAGGUAUGACAAGAAGAAAAGGCCGGCGCGCUGACGCGUGACGACAUCAAGGCCGCGUCGGCCGAUGUCUGCCGGCGGUUCGAGAUCCCAGACCUGACCGACGACGAGUUCUCGGGCCUCUGGGAGGUGAUCGACGUCAACAGCGACGGAACAAUCGACAAGCUCGAGUUCCGCAUCUUUAUGGCCAUGAUGCUCGAGGCCGGCGCCGAGCUGUCGUCGACGUCGGGCUCGAGUGCGAGCUCGAGCGACAGCUCAAGCUGAUGACGAGCCUGCGGGGCGGAGGGCGACGUGGAGCUGCUUGAGGAGGAGAGCGUUCUCGACCACAAGGUCGGCGACGAGGUCGGCGGUGAGAAG